CACCGAUGGGGACACGGAGGAGGUCAACUGCUCCCCGAGGGCGAAGCAAUUCUUCCGCCCAGAGCCAGCUCAACCGGCGACAAUCCCAGUGGAAUGUUCAGGCGGAGAGCAAGCCCACGCUUGCUCGGUGGGCUUGGAUCAGCGCGGGGUGUCUGUUGAUCUUGAGCGUAGCGCUGCGCUUGGCGAAUAGCAAUGCCAAGACCGCAGCCGUGCCGGUGCUGAAGCACGACGAGGCGGCGUGUGCUGAUGGUUGCUGGUGGGACAUAGAGUGCGCCCACUCGCACUACCGACCUAGGGUGGAGGGCUGCCACCCGACAGCCUGCGGACGCUUUGCGAAGCACGGCUUCCUCGACAAGCCGUCGGUGAGGCGCUUGAUCGCCAUGGCGGAGCGGGGCAUGGCGGGCUGCGGGGCCGACGUCCGAUCCGGCCGGAGCGGGGUGGGCGGGGGUCCGUGCAUCAUGGAUGUCAACAGUGGCUUCGUCAGGGCCUCGGGUGGGGAUAUUCGAAAUAUUUACGAGGGGGGGGAGGACGACGGGCUCGAGAGGCAGCCUCUGUACUCCGCUGAUGAUUACCAGUUCUACGGAGAAACGAUCGAGCGGAUCAGGGCCAAGGUGCAAGACUUGUUCGGCCUCGGGUUCCUUAUGUUCACCGCUCCGACGUUCAUCACGCGCAUACAGGGCCGAGAAGGGUGGCAACCCGAAUCCGCUCAUGACGAGUACUGGCACGUCCACGUCGACAAGAACAACACCCCGCACUACGACUACAGCGGUCUCCUCUACCUCAGUGAAGCCGGCGUGGACUUCGAGGGAGGGCUCUUUUCCUUCCAAGAAACGAGCGAAUCCCCUCCUGAAAUGAUCAUCGAGCCUGCACCGGGUCUCCUGUUGGCCUUCACGGCAGGCAUGGAGAACCCACAUCGGGCACACAAGGUCACAGCCGGGACUCGAUUCGUGCUGUCCUUCUGGUUCACUUGCGACCAGAGAAAAGAGUUCUCAUCGUUCUUGGACGGAAAGAUGCACAGGCGCUUCGACGGCGGCCCUAGACAAGAAUCAUGAUGAUGGGAAACGGGUAGUGAAAUCCCCCGGGAAAGGCUUUGGAGGAUAUUGUAGGUAUGAAUGAAGUACUAGGAGGUUGAGGUGGUCCUACUUGCUGUAUGCAGUCGAUUGUUGGGUGCUACGUAUAGUUGCCGAGUGAAUAGGCAGCCUUGUACAUGCCUUUCUAUCGUUCUCGCCUUGCGCGCCAAGAGUCCAUGCUGUGAAUCGUUUGUUGUCCCCCAAGCGAAAUAUUAAUGAAGGGGAAUUUUUCGGCCGCAGGGGGCAGUUGGCAGAACUUGAAGGAGAGGUAUUGUAUUUCUUAUCUUUCUUAGCGUACAUAGUGCUCUCGAAUUGUUGUCGGAGUGUUGCUGGGUCUAGACUGCGCGCGUCGAUGCCUUUGCCGUGAGGAGGGAUUGCUGAAUUUCGUUUCUAUUUUGAGUGCCAUGUCUUGUGGAAACAGGUUUUGCAGGUCUCUUGCCCGCGAAGGUUAAGGUUUGGUCAGCGGGGUCGCUGAUCGAUGGCUGCGUGGCCCAUGUUUCUGAAUUGAAGUGACUCGUUUAUGGCACGACACGGCAUAAGAAAGAAAUAUGGGUGCCCACAUCCAUGCCAAUCCCAAUUUUUACCCCGACGAUACCUCUGGAGGCAUGGCGACAUGCCAGGGGACAGUUUCACGUUUACCUCUACCGGAGACCGACGGCAGACCUCAGUGUCAGUAUUCUAGCUAUCUAUCUAUCUUUAGUUCAUUGAUUUUCGUGCUGGACGGCGGUUACAAAAUCCGUUGCCAGUUACAAGUUUACCCGUUUCUUGUAUCGGGUUGUCUGUGAUUAAGAACCACCGGUGGCUGUGUUUGUACAGCUCAGGCGAUAGUUUCAACUAGUGAUGCUUCGACGGACCCAGUC